AUGUCUAAGGUAAGCAGAAAACCACGAGAGCCAAGAACAGCUGUAACACAAUCCACUCGAAGGAUCAAAAGGAAGAAGACUCUCUCUAAACCAAGGUUUAGAGGUGGUGUUAAGGCACCAAAGACAACUAUGAAGAUUAAAAGAGCCCUUCAGAGGAAUUUGAGAAGAAAAAUUCAAACAUCUGCCGGUCAGCCAAAAAAGGCUAAAAAGGCAAGAAAACACUUUGUCUCUUAUUAUGUACUUAAGAAAUCUGGUCAAAACAAGAAAAAAAAUCAAAAUAAGAGGCAGAAUCAAAAAAAGAGGCAGAAUCAAAAUAAAAGACGAGGGCAACCAGUCCCAGAGCAAGAGAUCAUGGAGAAACCCACCACUUCAUGUAAGUGGUGCAGCCAAGGUGUGACUAGAAGAGGCCGCAGAUAUUAGAACUGGGUCUCCAGAGGCCUUGUUUCUGAGAAGUGGCCAAUCAAGAAGACAUGACUCUCACACCAACACAGUAAACCAAUGGCUAUGAUGAAAAUAAA